AUGGGGUUGCAUUCAACUCUUCUCAGCCUGCUUGUUGCAAGUAGUGCUGGAUUCACAACUAGAGGAGUCGUAAAGGAUCACCGACAGCUGAACCUGAAGCAAUUGACAACUUCGGCAAUAUCAAUACCAUUCCAUGAUUCGAAUCGCAAAGUCAACUCAGCCCUGAGAUUGACCUUGACGUCUUCCACUCCCUCCUCUUUAAUUGCAAAUACAUCGGUGGCUACCCAGCCAGAAAAUGAUGGAAAUCCCAAGGCAGAGUACGAUAGCAUUAUCUGCGGUGGAGGCCCAGCCGGUUUGCUCUCUGCCAUAAUGUUGGCUCGGACCUUUGGAAAGGAACACAAGAUUGCCGUGUGCGAACGAAGGGCAGAUAUUCCACCAUCACCAACUGAUGACACUGCUUGGAACGAUGUCGCCCGAUUUUACUUGCUGGGGAUUGGAUUUCGUGGACAGAAUGCUCUAAAAGAAUAUGGCAUUUUUGACGACUUCGAACAAGUCAGUGUUCCAGUGAAUGGCCGACGGGAUUGGCAACCAGGAAUGACCAAGGUGGAAGAUGGCAAUAUUACUCCCGCCAAAAAAGAUGUGAUUAGUCGAGUUCUGCCCCGUGACAAACUAGUGGGAGUCCUUCAUCACCAUUUGGUCAAGAACUAUGCCGAUUACAAUAUUGAUUUGCUGUAUGGGUUUGAAGUGGACCCAAUUUCGUUUGAAAAUGAAGAUGAUGAUGUCAAAGUAACCAUUUCGCCAUGUGAUUCCAAUGACGGCCCUUCCAUUCAGUCCAAAACAGCAUUCCUAUUAGGAGCCGACGGGAGUGCCCGAACAAUCGCCAAUUCCAUGGAAGAAGCUGAUGCCAAGCGCAUUGCCAGUAUUAGUCCCCUUUUCCGACCAUUUGCUCCCAAGCCUUUCAAGGUCACUCGAUACAACGACGAUAACCCUCGGAUCUACAAAUCAGUUCCAAUUACACUUCCCAAAGAUUGGCCUUGUGAUUUGAACUACUCUGCUCGUUCAAUUGGAAGCCGCGUUACAUUGGAGGCAUUACCAUCUAACGACAAAGGUGACUAUUGCGCUUUGCUGCUGAUGAAGCCUGGAGAUGAGUUAGCCCAAGAAAAAUGUGAUCCAAAGAAGCUCCGGGCCUUUUUUGACGAAGAGUUUCCCCAAUUCGGAGCUCUGAUUGACGAUAAUGUGAUGGAGCAAGUAGCAACCAAGCCUUCCUCUACCUUGCCUGCCUUUCGGUAUGUCGGUCCUCGGUUGAACAUGGGACGCAGAACAGUCGUCUUGGGAGACGCGGCUCAUACUGUAAAACCAUACUUUGGACUGGGGGCGAACAGUGCCAUGGAAGAUGUACAGAUGUUGGGAGAGGCCUUUAAGGAAUCGGCAUCGACAAGUAGCGAUGAUAUCGUGCCUUCAGCAGUGGAGCAAUUCUCCAAAACACGGUCCGGUGAUGCAUCCGCUUUGGUGAUGAUGUCCCGCAACAUGGACCGACCAGGCAAACUAUUCUUUGUCACUUUCUUGAUUCCAAUCAUUUUGGAUGGGAUCUUCAACAAGAUCGCACCCAAGCUAUUUGGUCCAAGCAUGUUUGGCAUGUUUCAACGCCAAGAUAUCAACUUUAAGCAAAUCCAACGAAAAAAGAGACUGGAUCGGGUGAUGCAACUCGUCAUUAUUGGAAGUGGGCUGACGGCGUCUGGAAUGGGGUUGAACCAGGCCGUUUCAUUGAUUGCUCGCCGCUUGGGAAAGAGCCGACCUCUUGUUGGAACUGGCAUGGCAGCUAUGGCCUUUUUGGCAAGUAAGUUGCAAAAGCUAGCAAAGUCUAAAAAACAAGCAGAAGCUACGGCCUAG